AUGAUAGAAACAAACACCGACCUGAGCAGGAAGCGGAUAAAACUAAAACGUCUUCAAGAUAGGGUAAGAGAGCGUUAUAGCAAAGCUUGAUUUCAUAAAUUAAAAUCGUGUGUAACUGUUGCCAGCAUUUAUUUACUUAUAUGUUAUGGUGUAAUUUUGAUUUUCCUUUGUUUCAAUUAUGGCCAUUACCAUUUAAUAACAUGGAGAAUGACAAUAUACCUAUAGCAAUUCAGGAGACAGGGUGAUCAGAGGUGGGAAGUGCUGAUUUAUUUAUGUAUGUAUACUCACAUGUGUACUUAUCAUAUAGGUGAGUUCUAUGGAUAGAAGUACAAGUGAGUUAAACAACAAGGUAUGUGACUUGCAUCAACAAGAACAACUCUUAAUUAUUUAAUUAUACCCAUAAGGGACUGCCCAUUACUUACAGGGAGGAGGGCUGGUGCAACAGUCGGUAUGUCAUGUUUGUUUUUUCCUUGGAACCCGUAUUUGUAAGGUAAAGAUUUUUGCCCCCCCCGUCCCCAUGUCUCCCCAGCUACAUAUAUUUGAUACUGUGUAUAUGGUUAAAUAUACAAUGUACCUGAGGACGGUAGGACUGAUGAUUCCAAAUAUUGGGCCAGUUUUUUUAAAUAAAUAUUAAUUGGGUUGUUUACUGAUAUUUUGGUUACCCCUUUAAGUUGAAUUGAGUCAUUUACUUUAUUAGAUUGCAAAGAAGAAAUCCAAGAAAGAAAAUAUAUUUCCCUUUUCCCUUGUUGAGAAGAGACUACAAUCUCCAACAACCCUCUCUGAGAAAGGUGACAUAAGUGGCCCAAAAAGAACUGCCAACAGAAAGAAAGAUGAGACUAGACGGGCAGCUAUGGAAAUCCAUGGAGGAAGCCAAAACAACAUGAAGCCAGCCUAUGAUGGGCUUUUUGCAACUGUUAUAGCAGGUGCUCCUGUAGAUCAACUAAGGAAGAUGUGUUCAGUUUCCCCUGUUUUGAAAGAAAGAGUUAUUCCUAAUAUUGCAAAUGAAAAUGUAAAGGAAUUUGAAAGCAGUGAUGUUAAUUUUGUCAGAAGUGUAAAUGUAUUGUAUAAAGAUGGUCUUGUCAGCAAAGCUAAGUAUAACAGCAUCAGGUUAUCUUCGAGUAUGACCAGCGAUGAAGACAAUACAGGGAAAAAACAUGUUAAAUUUAUAAAGAGUUGCCUAAUUCCCAAACUCAUGCCUUACAAGGAAUUGAUGGCUAAGGUAAAUGCCAUUAACAUUGGCACCUUACAUGAUGUGAGAGAAACCCUGUGUGAUGGUUUGGAUGAUUCAGACAAAGUAGAUGGGAAGUAUAGAAAUCUCACUGAAUUGCUUUUGAGACUAGCUCAGUUCUACUUAGAAGUUAAUAAGCACCGUGUUGAUAAACUUAACUGGUUUGGCAAGGGGGUGGGAUCUUUUAAGGUUGCCAUAGGGGGGUAUGGGGCCCCCUUUGGCAAAGAUGACACAGCCUUAAGCUGGUUAGUGAGCUUUCUUAAUUGUGGUCCCAGAAUUUGCAGCCACGAAGAAAAUUUUCUUUUUAUAGGAGCAAACUGUAAAGAGGAUUGUGAACCCAUCAGACGCUAUGUGUGUAAGUUAGCUAACGAAAUGAAUGAAGUAGAGAAGAAAACCUUCCCUGUAAAUGUUGAUGGCAAGGACAUCACAGUAUCAUUCUCUUUUGAAAUGUUCCCGAACAACAUGAAAUACUUAGCAUUUCUCGCCGGUGAACUUUCCAAUUCUGCAAAAUAUUUCUCGUCAUUCGCUAACAUCAACAAAGAUGAUAUUGGUGAUGUUACUGCCACUUUUGGGGUUAAAACCUCAAACAAAUGGCAACCUUGGGGUUAUGCACAGAGAAUUGCAGUAGCAGGUGCUGUAGCUAAAAAGAAAGAAGAGCUUGGCAGUUCCGGUUCGCACCUCAAGCCAGCUACCAUUAGACAGAAGGUAACCUCAUUCAUUGCACAAAAAAAGUCUCGACAGGAAUUCCUCCCCUUGCUAGGUAAAGCAAUUGACAAAGUUAAGGUGGAACCCUUGCAUGUCAAAAACAAUGGAUGGCAACAGUGGUAUUCAACUGUCUUGAAAUAUGUGUUAGCACGUACCAAUGUAAGUAGCUGUGAGAGUGUCAAUGACACUCCUGCCUCAAGCUGCUUUAAACGGCAUUACGAAACAGUAAGGUUUACCCUAAAGGCCGGAAGACUUGCUAAAAAGGUGAGGAAGUGGUUAUGUGACGGCCGUUUGAAAAACAAGGACCUUGAGUACAGGUUCACAGGGAAAGAAUCCUUGAUAAUGUGUCAUUAA